AUGAGUUCUAGAUUGCUGGAGCAGGCCCAGUUUCACGGGGCUAAGCGGCUUGUGCAUCCGAGGCAUAGAAACUUCUGGCUGCUAACACACAUCCUUAUCUUCUGCUGUUCCACUGCCGUGGUAUGGGAGACUGUCACUCGGUACCUCAGCAACCCGACAUACAUGGUCCAAAUGACCGCUAUCAAGAAUUGGGUGACCUUCCCCACGGUGGUCGUGUGCCCUGAAAUUAGUUACCCGGAAGAGAAAAUACAAGAGUUUCUUGGUAAAAUAAAAUAUCCUCCCAGCGUAAAUGCCACUUACAUUGAAGGCAUCAUAUUGCAACUGGGAGCCAUCUACUCUCGAGAUGUCACCUUUGAGCUGGAAGACCUGGAGAACAUCCAGAAGCUGCUGGAGUAUAAUGAUAUGGAUGUGGAAACAGCUGGAAUGAUGCUCACUUCGACGUGCAAGGAAAUUCUGAUUAAAUGUAGGUGGCAUGGGAAAAAUAUACCCUGUUUAUCAUUAUUUCGUAUGGAGAUGACGAGCUAUGGGUUUUGCUGCGUGUUUAAUGGAAGAUCUUUAAAGAGAGAAAUGAAGAAUCCCGGCUAUAAUAAGAAACGGCCGGUUCAGAAGCUCCACGUGAGUCAAGUGGGACCCAACCGAGGAUUGAUUGUGGCCAUUUCACAAAACGACACGCGCCCUCCCGUUAAUACUGACCUCUAUUAUAAGUGGAUAAGUCUAAAGAACAACGGCUACUACUACGUAGAGAUGCUGUCGAACGGCACGCCCGUCCCGAUCGGCAGCGAGGUGUGGGCGGGAUACUCCACCAAGGGCAUCCACAUCGAUGACGAGGUGAAGGACCUCAGCCACAGCUUGCGACGGUGUCGUAUGACGGACGAGUCUUUGAAGUACUUCCCGGAAUACCAUAGGACCUAUUGUCUAAUGGAAUGCGAGAUGGCGCGCAUCAUGGAGCGCUGCAACUGCACGCAGGUGCAGCAUCCCGUGCUGCCAGGUGUACGGCAGUGCGGUGCUAGGGACGUGCGCUGCGUUAGAUCGUCUGUUGUGCCUUUUGGAGCUGGCGUGUGUGACUGUCCAAUGACUUGUGACAGGGAUAUACAAAUCAGCAUGCCAUUUGCAUUCAAGAUUUAUCCAGAUACACCUGUGAUUGACUCCUUCUAUGAAGGCUUGGAUUUAACGAGGAUAAGCAUUGUCCGAGUGUACCUGCAGAACUUUAACAAGAUGAUAUUCUCGCGGCGCUCUUAUUUCACACGCUUCAACUUGGUUGCGCAACUCGGAGGAGUCUUCAACAUGUUCUUCGGCUGCAGCAUGCUGACGGUUCUGGAGAUUCUAAUGCUACUGUGGCAUGCUACAGACACUCUUCGGAACCACGCUUUACGAUAAAUCGUGUUAUAUUAAUAUGAA